UUAACGAACCAAACACCACUAAAGGUCGCUGUUUUGCGUAAUACACAGCUGUCUGGGUUUUAAAAGACGAAUGUAAACAAAGUAGAAGGCUGUAUAACAGUAUUCAAAGACAAACUGACUAUGUUGCGGAAGAAUAAACUUAUUUGGGACAUAAGGAAACGCGCUAUCGGUGUGGAUGAAAGAAUCAACUUUAUACGAACAAAUUAUUUAGACAGACUAGAGUUUGUCCAGAGACUGAAGCUUGAAGCCUCACUUGAUGUUCAUAAUGGCUGUGUAAAUACUAUAUGUUGGAAUGAUACCGGUGAAUAUAUUUUAUCUGGAUCAGAGGAUCGCAAUUUAUUCAUCACAGAUCCUUACAGCAGGAAGGUGCUUGUAACAGUCCCAUCUAAUCAUGGUGCCAGCAUCUACAGUGCCAGGUUUAUGCCUGAGUCCAGCGAUCACUGGAUUGUGUCUGCAGCAGGAGAUGGAAAUAUUCAUUACACCAACAUCACCCGCAGCCCUGAGCUCAUCCAGUACAAAUAUACCUGCCACCACGGGACAACCUAUCAGGUUCUUACAAUACCCAGUGACCCAAACUCUUUUCUCUCAUGUGGAGAAGAUGGAACAGUUCGAUGGUUUGAUGUCCGAUUAAAAAAUGGCUGUGACAAAAGCAGCUGCAAAGAUGACAUUUUGGUUAACUGUCACAGGGCGGUCAGUUCUAUGGCUGUUUCACCCACUCUGCCAUAUUACCUCGCCCUGGGCUGCUCGGAUAGUUCAGUCCGCAUAUAUGACAGGAGAAUGCUGGGAACCAUAUCUACAGGAUGCCGCUCUAGCAGUGGAACUACGGGUAUCUGUGCUCGUUUUGUGCCUCCUCACCUGGCUGGACGGUCCUGCCGUGUGACCUCACUGUGUUACAGCUCUGAUGGUCGAGAAGUUCUCGCCAGCUUCUCUUCAGAUUGCAUUUACCUGUUUGACCCUAAAGAUGACAAAGCGUCUAAAUUACAGGGAUUUCCAAAAAACAAGGGGGAGGGGCCGCUGCGCCCCCCUGUGAAGCGUCUGAGAAUGAGAGGUGAUUGGUCAGAUACGGGACCUCUUGCACGCCCAGAGAGCGAGAGGGAACGAGAUGGAGAGUCCAGCUCCAGCACAUCGCUGAUGCAGAGAAUGUCAGACAUGUUGUCCCGGUGGUACGAGGAAGCCCAGAAUAACAGAGAUCAACCCCACUCGCGCACAAGAAGAAGUACCGCUCUUGAACGAGCACAAGCAGAGCCUAGUGCAGAGACAUUGACCCACUCACAAGACACUGCAGAUCCCUGGUCAUUUACUUCACAAGACGGAGGUGUUUCCUCAGAGUCUGUCAGCAGUGCUUCAGCAGAGCCUGUUCUUAGUCUGCGCUACAGUCCAGAAGGCACCUCCACCAGCACCAUCACAUUGGACUUCGCCAGUCAUUGGACUGAUGCUGGGCCAAGCGGUGGACAUCCCAGUAGCAAAGGUACCAGUGGCCAGGAAGGCAGCUCUGCAGAACCAAGCUCACGACAGGCUGAUCCAGGUGAAGACACAAACAGACAAAACAGCACAUCUGGAGAGCCAGCAGCAGACCAGGAUGACAACAGUGAGGAGACCGACCACACGUCCUCUACAAAUCCUCCACUCACACAGAGAUUAAAUUUCAGGGGAUCCGUGAUCGGUGAACGGGUUCUGAGGCGAACAGCAGCUGUUCGGAUCCAGGAGAUUUUCCGCCGAAGGAAAGAGCGGAAAGAGAUGGAAGAGGCAGAGGCACUCAAUAUCAGGAGACCUGUUGCAAAAAUGACCUAUGAAGGCCACCGUAACUCAAGGACAAUGACCAAAGAGGCAUGUUUUUGGGGUAAUAACUUUGUGCUGAGCGGAUCAGACUGCGGCCAUAUCUUCAUAUGGGACAGACAUACAGGAGAGCAUGUGAUGCUGUUGGAAGCUGACAAUCAUGUCGUCAACUGUCUGCAGCCUCAUCCAUACGAGCCCUUACUUGCCUCCUCUGGAAUUGAUUAUGAUAUUAAAAUCUGGUCACCCAUGGAGGAGUCUCCAUCAUUUAACAGAGUGUUGACAGAAGAGGUAAUUCUGCGCAAUGAGCGGAUGCUUGAAGAGACCAGAAACACCAUCACAGUCCCAGCGUCCUUCAUGCUGAGAAUGCUGGCGUCUCUCAGCCACAUCAGAACAGAUCAUUUUGAAGGAGAUUGAUCAGAAGGCUCUGGACAGGAGAAUGAUGAAUGAAUGUGUUUAUGAAGGUGCAUAUAAAUAGUAUGGAAGAUUGUUUUCUCCACAGGAAACAAAAAAGUAAUUGCAAAUUUUACUAAUUCUUUUUUUCUUGCCGCUGCAGGUUUAUAUCUCACUUUUCAGAUUUUUUUCUUUUUAAACUCAGAAUUGAUAGAUAUAAACUUGCAGAGUUCAAACUUUAUUUUCUCAGAAUUGCAAGUCUAUAUCUCUCAAUUCAGACAUUUUAAAUCAGAAAUGCGAGUUUAUAUCUCCCAAUUCUGAGUUAAAAAAGGUAAUUGUGAAUUGCCUGAUAAAAAGUUGAAAUUAUCUUUUUAUUCUUUAUUCUGUGGUGGAAACAAAAAACAGAAUUGUGAGAUAUAAAUGCAAAAUUGCAAGAAAGGUCAAAAUUGUGAGAUAAAAUGUCACAGUUUGGUGACAAAUUGUUAUUGGGUGUAAAUAUUUUAUAUAUUUUGCUUAUUUUUGCAUAGUGAGCAUAUAAACAAAGUUAUAUAAAAGAAAAAAAAAAACAAUGUUUGUCAAGCAUCCUGUAUGAAUAUCCAAAUACAAACUGUGUAAGAUAAGACUUGACAAAUUGCUUUAUGCUGUUAUAGUCAUAAAUUCCAGUAAAUUUUGUUAUUUUGUACAAUUAGCUAAAAGGUUUAUAAAAGUAAAACUAAUCUCAAGAUAUAUUCUCAGUCCUAAUUUCUUAAACAAUUUACACCAUUUUGCUUUCAAAUAAUUUUGUACAAUUUUUAAAAGAUAUUUCCCUGUAAAACAAGAUUAAAAAUACUGGUUAAGAAAAUGAUUUUUCUAACUGAAGACUGAAA